AUGGACAUUCUUAAUAACGAACCUACUGGACGCCCUUCAACACCAGACCCAAGAUGUUCAAUUUGUUUGAAUGAAUUAACCAAUAAGUGUUAUACCAAUGCAUGUGUGCAUUUAUUCUGUUUUCAUUGUUUGAAAUUGUGGUCAAAUACGUGCUUACAACAAUGUUCAAGUUCUGAACCAACUUGUCCAUUGUGUAAGAAAAAUUUCAGAUAUAUUUAUCAUUCAUUUAAUGAUCUGGGCACCCAUGAAACACAUACUGUUCCUGUACUGGACAGAUUACCGAAUCCAACACCAAGAUUAUUUGUGCGGCCAUUUAAUCAAUUAUUAAAUGAUAACAGUGAUAUGCAUCCACUCCUGAAUAUUGAUCAUGUGAACCAGAUAAAUAUGUUUUCCUUGCCGAGUGUAUAUAACCUUGGCACAUUGGUCCAAAAUCAUGGUCAAUUUUUUUAUUACCCGUCUCAGAACUAUCCACGUCCUUCUGUACAAACGACAAUCAAUGGUCAAGGAGCAAGAAUACAUGUGUACGUUGAUGAUGUAUGGGCUAUGCCAUUACCAGAUACAGCUGGCCAUUUCAGAUAUUUUACCUCAGCUAACUAUCGAGAUGAUCCAACAGAAAUGUUCAGAAUGUUUGAAUUCAUAAUUAGAGAUGUUGUGGCCAUACGGGAAUCUGUAAGAGUAGAGGAUCUACCCAUGGCAUUCCCUGAGAACAUUGAUAUGAUUGUAACAAGUUGGAUAAUGCAAUCACUUGCAUCUUAUGAAAUAAGCCAUUCAGAUUUUUUCAACAACUUAAGGCCUCUUCUAAAUACACGAACACUCCAUUUUUGCCAUGAACUAUACAACUUUGCUAAUAGUCCAUAUAAUAUUGUGGACUAUGAUCGCAAUGUUCAAUAUUAUGCUACUUAUCAGCCUCGUGACAGUGAAUCGACUGCUCCAUUUUAUCAAGAACAAGCACCACCAAUCCAAACCAUUGAUAUAAUCAUUGUACAGGAUUCAGAUAAUGAAGAACUUCAAAGGCCAAUUAUAAUAGAAGAUAGUUCUAGCACCGAUGACUCUGAUGUUGAAAUUCUUAGUCAAUCCUCCCGUUCUACCGAUCCACUUAUUUCGGCCUCUAUGGACCAACCAUCUACAUCUACUAGAUUAAAUAUACCAAACAAUAGUUCUCGGUCUGAAUAUGGUGGUUUAUCUCGAGUAUCAUAUUCAUCUCAAGUAAAAAGAGGCUCGCUCAAUCUAGACUCUUCAUCAGAUGAUGAAUAAUCAAUAAUUACUACACAAGGUUCUCAAACUGCUCACUUAAAAUUUCCUGAUGUUAAUAAAACAAAGAAAAAAGAACGCCAAUGAUUCACGGUCUGAAAUCAAUAAUCA